GGAGAGGACGCGGAUUAACCAUGGCUACAGCUGACAGUGGCCCGAAGCCCCUGCAGAAUGCCAUGAAAAUGGCUAAAGUAGCAAUACAGCUGGACGGAGGGAGCAGACAUAAGGAAGCCUACUGUGAAUAUCUUCGGACAAUCAACUACAUAUCACAUGCACUUCUGGAAGAAGCUGACUCACAAAACGAGAAGGAGAUGGUGGCAGUGGAGGGGGAGCGUAUGUUGAGGCUGGCUGAGCAGUGUCUGGAGCGAGCCAAGUCAUUUAUAGGAAAGAGCGCUGACCCCCCUGAGGUUUCUGCCUCUGCCUCUGCCCCUGCUUCCUCCUGCUUGUCACCUGGCCAAUCACAACUCCAUCAAACCGCUGUCCCCACAGGCACGGUCAUCAAAAACACUGUCCCUCUCUCUGACCUGCCUGCUGACGCAGAGUGUAAAGCAACCAGCCCAACAAAAGCCGGUCACCGCCGGGUGCUGUCAGACGGCGGCGGGGAGCGCUCCCCCUUCCUGCCUCCUGAAGUCUUUCAGAGACUGCAAACAGUGGAGUCACAGGACAGAAGCAAAAAGGGGCUGACACCUAUUGAAGAGGCCUCCCGAUUGAACCAGAAGUUGAAAGCCAAUUAUGAGGCUCGUCUGGCAAGGCUCACCCCUGGCCAGGCUUACCAGAAGACGUCUUUGACGCUCUCUCUCCAGCGCCAGAUGAUGGAGAACCUCAUCAUAGCCAAAGCCAGGCAGGAUGCUCUUCAGCGGAAGAUGGAGGAGAGAAGACUGAGGCUACAAGAAGAGGCCAACAGGAGGUUUGCAGCAUCUGGAGCAAUGACAGCAGAGGAUCAAGAGCAGCGUAUUCUCUACACCAAUGUGCUGGAAUAUGAGCAAGAUCAUGAUUGGCCCAAACUGUGGAAAGCAAACAUGAAGACGAAUCCUGAUGACGUCACUUUAGUGUCAGGCCUAGUCUCCUUCCUGCUCAGCCAGUCUGACCAUCCGGUGGUGAGGCUGCUAAGGAAACACCAGUAUCGGGUUUACAACAGGCUCUACCCCAUCGUCAGUAAAGGUCUCCCCCAGAGCCCUCCAGUGCCACUGAGACCUUCUCGCAGCUCUCACAACCUGCUUCACCCAGAGACGCAGAAGAAGCCAACUAAUACUGCAGGCAGUAGCGUUGGCGCCCAGAGCUUCAACACCGACUGCUCGCUCUCCCCCUCACUCUCCCACGACCUCAACACAAACUAUGAUGACGAGGAAGUGGAGGAGCAGGUGACGGUGGAGAGGGAGAACUCAUUUGAAGAUCUGGAGCAGUUCCUGACCCAGCUGGACUGGGCCCCACCUCACGGCGGCAUGGACGACACCUGCUCCGAUUCAGAGCUGACCUGCGAUUCGUCAGUGCAGGCGGAGCAAGAUGAUACCCACGUAUCCGAGUUGGAGACAAGGGCACUGAAAGAACACCUGAAAGCUACUGUCAAAGACAUUCAUAUAGCGAUUGAUCAGCUGCUGUCACUGUGUUUGCUGUCCUUUGAGUGUCUAAACACAGCCAGCUCUAAGGACCUGUGCCUCGCCAGCAUAGAGGAAGCAUUCUUCACGCCCCUGUGGAGCGCCCUAGUGGCUCUUUUCAGGAAGGUCCACAGGGAAAGAGAGCUGGCCUUUGAGACCAGUUCGAAGCUGUUUCAGGAUGCUUCACCUGGAGAUGUCGGUGUACCAUUGAAAUUGUUCCCCCAGGACCCCGGUGCAUUACAAGGGUCCUACCCAUACGAGUCUGCGGUUCAGGAGCUGAGGCUUCUCACUAAAGACUGCUGUCCGCAGAGGAAGCUGGAAUGUAUCGUGAGGGUGUUACGCCUGAUCUGCGCUUGCGCUGAGGACUACAGAUGUCUCCACGAGGUCGAAUCUACACCCAAAACAGCUGCCAUCGGUGCAGAUGACCUGUUGCCCAUCCUGUCCUUUGUGGCUCUUCGGUGCCAGUGUCCACAGCUAGUAUCUGAAUGUGCAGCUUUGGAGGAGUUCAUUCACGAAGGGUAUUUAAUAGGAGAGGAAGGUUACUGUCUGACCUCCAUGCAGAGUGCCUUGGCCUAUGUCGAGUCGUUGCACACAGCAGGAACUCACCUUUCUGCAGACAAGUUCAUUUGAAACAGGCUGCUGCAGUCAGCUUUCCUGCUGCGCUACAGAGAGACAACAGCUGAACCUGCAGCUCCCUGCAAGUUGUAUGGACAAUGUUAUGUACAGUGUAUACAUUAUAUUCAACAGUAUGUUUGUGUACAAGAUAACAUCUUGUAUACAUGCACACACAGUGUAUAUUUAACAGGACCUCCUUUUCCUUCUAAACCAGUGCCUAAGGAGUCCUGUCUAACCAAAUCAGACCCUGCAUGGGGCCAAACUGGGCUUUACUCAGUCCUCCUCCUCUUAAAGAUGUGUUUUCAAACUGUAAACAUGUGAUGCAUUGCCUAGCACUGGAUGGUUAAAAGGACUACUGUAUGUGGUUGAGAUUGGAGUUAAUUUAGGGAACCUUUUGUAAGUGAUGCCAUUGAUUAUAGGAGCGCUUAUAGAGGAAUAACCUGAAAUAUGGUUUACAAAUGUAUUCCCUUUAAUUUUCCCUCAUUCGGGAAGUCAAAUCUAUGAAAAAGCACUACUGAAGUUGUCUGUCAGGUGUGAAUCAGUCAGUCAUGUGUGCUUAGACUGAUAAUUGUCUACCUAAGAGUAUGCUAUUAGUGAUUAGUUGUUUUUAGGAAAUCCUUGGGAAAAUCGUAACACCUCAGACUGAUACAGCAUCAAACAUUUUUCAUCCAUGUACCUUGUGGCAUUUUUUUUCUCUUUCUCUUUUCCUUUUUUUGUUGUUUUUUUUAUUUUUUUUUAUUUUUAUUUUAUUUUUUACAAAUUACAGGCAGACUCAUAAAUCAGAUUGUGCAUGUUUGAUCAUGUGAGGAUGAUGUUUGAAUGAAAUAUCUUAAUAAAUGCACUUUGGGUGUUGAGGCUACACUGGAUGAUGAUUUUGAGUUCAGACACUAGAUCUAAAGACAGCUGUGCCUACAGACAGAGACGGUGAUUGUCAGACGUUAUAUAAUAGGGAUAAGGAGAGACACUGGAGGAGCACAAGAAUAUCUGCUAUGGGGAAAAGUUGCGUUUAUAGCAGAAUGACUGACACUUAACACUUAAAAGUAGUACUUCCUGUAGAUAGUACUAAUACUGUUGCACUUCGUUAGUUAGCGCCACUUUUCGUGUGUGUGUGUGUGUGUGUGUGUGUGUGUGUGUGUGUGUGUGUGUGUGUGGCCAGUAAGACUAUUUGCGAAUCAAACCACUGGGACCACAGGUACAUGUGACCAUUUUCUUGCCAUUUUAAUUGAAAAUACAUUAUUUUACAACAGUUAAUUUAUUUUUACUUCAUUGUCUGUAUGCAUACCUUGGUUUUUUAUUUUUUAUCCCAAGUGUGAAAUCAACAAACUCACCAAAGGAAAGCAAAGGUGUAAUCUCAUUUGCUCAACCUUUGUUUUUUUUAUCCCAAUUUUCAUGCAAUUGUUUGAUGUCUGCAGUUUCCCAGACUUUUCUGAAGCAUCAUUUAAAAGAAGCACUGCAUGCCAACCUGUGUAUUUAAAAAAUGGAUUAACCACAGGUAGUUGUUGAGCUGAUUAGAAAAUGCUAGAUGCAUGGUAUUGAAGGGAUUGUUUUAUGACUGCUCUUUAAUGCUUUUCUCUGAACCCUUGAAGCUGUCUUUUUUCCUUUUAAAAAAAAUAUGAGCACACACUGAAAAGAAUUUACUUGUAUUGGUUGUGGAUUUUUUAGCCCCUUUACUGCAAGUGAGGAGUACUUAACUAUUUUCUAAAGCAUGCUGUUUUUCCUUUCAAGUCUUUUAGUGUUUUUUUCUUACCACUGGUUUCCAUAUAGUGUACAAACCAACUUUAAAAAGACUUGAAACUUGCUUUGUAUUUGUCCCUCUGUGUUAGAGUUUCGGUUGAAACUUCAAAAUGGACUGAAAAGUGCUGCUGGUGGUUGUAAACUCAAACUUCUGAGUCUCGCAGUGAAACAACAAAAAUAAUGAUUAUGUGAUUACCAACCUAACAAGCAGGUUUCAAGUCUGGAAUGAAUGGAAACCAAUAACUGGAAAAAAACAUUUAAAUAUAUUCAACUAUGGUAUGCUUAGUAGAUGGUGGACAGGGAUUGAAAUUGUACUCAUUGUUUAAUAAACGGGCUAAAAUAUGCAAAAUUAUUGUUUUGUGUUUUGAAAGACACCUAAAGCAGACUUUUCCUACAAUGUCUGUUCUUGAGAUGGACUUAAUAGACAGAAAACUUACAGUUUUAUAGAUUUUCAUUUUAUUGUGCUUGUUUUGUUUGCUUGCUUGAAUUAACUAU